AUGCUCAUGCUGAUGACUUACUCCAUGGUGCCGGUCCGGGUAAUGCUCGAGUUGUGCAACAGCACAAAAGGAGUGUGUUUAACAGGUCCACCGGGAUUACCAGGUCCCCCUGGAAUUGAUGGAUUGCCUGGUUUGAAUGGAUCUGAUGGUGCUCCUGGUAUUCCUGGAGAAAGGGGAGAACCAGGAAAAAGAGGGAAAACAGGACCUAAGGGCGACCCUGGAGAGAAGGGUGAAAAAGGAGAUCCUGGUGAAAUUGGCGCACCUGGAAAUGAGGGGGGACGAGGGGAAAAGGGCUCCAGAGGGCCCAAAGGUGACAAAGGAGAAGCAAACAACGAACUGGCUUCAGAAGGUGAGAAAGGUGAUCCUGGUCCUCCAGGACCUCCUGGUCCUCCAGGACCUCAGGGACCACCAGGACCACCAGGAACUUCAGGAAAACGUAAAGCCAAGUCCCAGGAGGAGAAGAUCUACAACACCGAAUGCACAGGGGAGGCCUGCAGCAUUCCAAAUGACGAUACCCUCGCCGGGAAAGCCAAAGAGAGAGCCCAUCUCCAUCAGCGCAGAAAACGCGAAAACAUGAUUGAGUCUAUUGGGAAGCCCGAAGAGAUCGUCAAACUGAAGCAGAGUUACGGGGCGUGGAUGGUAGAUCUCGGAAACCGCACCAGCGAAAAGAUUUGGAUCGCUGAGCAUUUCACGGGACACAUAAUCAAGGAGUACCAGGACCUCAAUGCAUUGUGGAAUGACAACUACACCACCAUUGAACUGCCCUGGUCAUAUUAUGGAUGUGGCCACACCAUCUAUAACAAUGCUCUGUACUACCAGCGAGUGGGACGUAACAUUGUUGUGAAGUACCACUUUGAGACGGGCAUAUCCAAAGCGCUGCCCAUUGAGAACUCUUGGUACUAUGAGCGCAUGUAUCUCUUCAGUACUUCCAAGUCAUAUUUCAGCAUUGCAGUGGAUGAAAAUGGUGUCUGGGUCAUGUAUCGUUCCCGGCCCGAUGAACACAUCAUGGUAGCAGAAGUUGAAGAGGAGACAUUUUCCAUGUUGCGGCACAUGAACACCACCUACCCACAGUCCAAGGCUGGCAGUGCUUUUGUGGCCUGUGGGGUGCUCUAUAUCACCGAUAAGAACCACAUGCACGUGGCCUUUGCUUUUGACCUCUUGCGGGAGAAGCAGCUUGAUGCCCGCUUCGAGCUGAAACUCUCGCUUUCUUUGGAAGGGUUCGACCAGAAAGUGUCUCCAGCCUCAAAUGCGACCUUCGUGCCGGUGUUGGCCAUGCUCUCGUACAAUUGGUUGAAUAAGCACCUACACACCUGGGAACAUGGGUUUCUGAUACAGUACCCUGUCCAUUUUUUCAUCUGAACACACCUAGUAUCGGACAGCCAUCAGGCCAUCCACCUCUGCAGUAGAGGACCUGUUUUGAGAACCUCUCUUCAAAUUCCCAUCUCCUGUUCAAAAAAAAAAGGUCCAGCCAUCAGCGUAUCAGGAUACAGAUCAGGCAAAUUACUAUGGCUGGUGUAUCCCUUAGUUAUAUCUGAGGACCACUCCUUGGGCUUUCAAAGUCGAGCGCGGCUCUCAGCACCCUGGGGUGCUGCUGGUCAUCUCAAGUCUUCCAGUUGGUUCAGAGGAGAUGAAUCUCCACCCGUCAGCCCAUGUGAAGGCAGUUGUAAUAAGAAUUUCCAUUAAUGUACCCUGUAAGCCUACUGCUGCCUGAUCUGAAAAUAAUAUACACUGUCC